AUGAGUGUGCCUUUAGCAGUGGAAGGUAUGGACGCCUUGGCUCUUGCCCAGGAAGGUGAACGGUUAUGUCGGGAAAAUAAUAUGAAAGCAGGAAUCAAAUACUUGGAAAUGGCCAUAGAGAAGAAAAUUAAUUUAGGAGGACGCAGCUUGGAAGCUCUAUCUGCCAUUUAUUCACAAUUAGGAAAUGCAUAUUUUGUAUUGCGCAUAUUCGACAGAGCACUUGAAUAUCAUCGUCAUGAUUUAGAAACUGCCAAAUUACUUGGUGAUAGUUCUGGACUGGCAAAAGCCCAUGGAAAUUUAGCAAAUACUUAUAAAGCAGUUGGGGAUUUUGAUAGUGCGUAUGAACAUGCAGUUACACAUUUACGAUUAGCACAGGAAAUCAGUGAUAAAGAAUGUGAAGCUCGUGCCCUGUAUAACGUAGCAUCGGUGUAUCACUGUCGAGCAAAAACAAUAAUUCAUGCAUCAUUACCUCUUGAUCAAUCUGGUCUUCUUACAGCUGGUGAUAUGACUGCAACUUCUCAGCUUCAAGCUGCCAUCAAUUGUUAUUUACAGAAUUUGCAUAUUGUUGAGGGCAUGAAAGAUUUUGCUGCUUGCGGUAGAACAUACGGCAACAUUGGUAAUAGCUAUUAUAUGCUCGGUGAUUAUUCAACUGCUGUUUACUACCAUAAUAAACGACUGGAAAUUGCUCGACGAUUUGGUGACCGUGCAGCAAUGCGACGUGCUUAUACUAACUUAGGAAAUGCUCAUAUUUUUCUUUCAGAAACUACAAAAGCCUUAGAAUAUUAUCGUCUAGCUCUAUCAUUAGCAUCGGAAUUGCAUGAUGAAGUGAUAGAAGCCCAAUGUUGUUUUAAUGUUGGUAAUGGUGCAGCUAUUUGUGGUGAUUACAUAAUAGUUUUAUUCAAAAAUCGAGCAUGCAAAGAUCUGGUUUCAGCUACGGAAUAUCAUACUCGUUAUUUAAAACUCACUAGGAAAUUGAGAGAUCGUGGAGGAGAAUCUCGUGCAUGCGCAGCAUUGGCAGCAGAUUUUCGGAAGCAGAAUAAAGCCGAAAAAGCACUGUAUUUUUUUAUCUUACAAGGUCAUAUAUCAAUAGAGGUUAGUUUGUCUUUCAGAUCUUCAUUAUCCUAUCUUUAG